GGGCGGUCUGCUGUGGGAAAGUGUCGUCUGACCUGCAAGUGUCGUCUGAUUUACAUCAUCUUUCGACUUUUCCCCCCUCAAGUUUUAACCUAUUUUUCUCUCAACAAAUGUUCUGCGCAGAGGAAUACCUCCUGAUUAUGACGCUGGACGCAAUCAUGGUGAAAUUUGAGGUACAUGACAGCUAUGUAUUUUUCUCACUGAGUGUGGUUGAGUGGGCAGCAGUAUAAGAUAAGCUGAGGAAAGUGCAAGUUUGUCGCCAUGAAGGAUUCGGAAUCAGAGGUCUCGACGACUGUGGCACAGAUACAAGCCAUGAUAAAGGCUUUAGAAAAGGACAAAGAUGAAGACAAGGUAGCACAACGGGCAGAGACGUUGUCAGAGCUGUUGGACAAGGUGUCUGGGCUACAUGGUGACAGUGACAAGAACAGGACUAGUUCAGGAGAGCUACAAAAUUGUGCAGUCAACCUAUGGAAUAUUGCGGUGGCAAAGAGAGCAGGGGGUCACCUCAGCACAGGCUUGAACGCAAGACUGCGACAUCUUGCUUGUCAACUUGCCUUCAAAGUAAGUCCUUUGGAAGGAUCUGAGGUGGUCCUAAAGAGAAGGGUGAUGAUGGCCAGUAAAACUGGACGAGCAUGGUUGGACGGUGGCAACCCUUCCAUGGCAGACAAUUCCCUGUCUUUGGCAUCAGAGUGUCUUGAAAAGUUGACAAAGAGUGUGCUGUCAGCAGCAGCAGAAGGGAAACUGUCAGAGGAUGACAAGGAGAGACAGAAGACAGAGAUUGAGAAGGACAUGUUUAAAGUCUUCUGCUACCAGGCUGAAUCAGCUGUGGCUCAAGAACAGCAUGAUGUGGCCAUGAGACUUGCCCAAAGAUGUAAAGAGAUGCUGGCCAGGUUGCCAAAAGAAACAACAUUCCUUGCAAUGCUUUGUUACAACUUUGGUGUGGAAACGUAUCAGAAACAGAAAUAUGAGGAGGCUGUUGCAUGGCUCAGGGAGAGCUUUGAACUUGGGAAAGGUACUGGACAGCCAGCAACAUCAAGCAAAAGCCAGGCAAGGACUUUGAGACUUCUUGCUAGUGCCUAUUUGGAAUGGGACAGCAAGCAGCACUGGCAGAAAGCACUGAAUGCAGUAGGUCUGGCCAACUCGGAACAUUCCCAUCCUGCUGGUCUACACCUUAAGGUUCACAUCCUCCUCGUAUCAGAUACUGUGGAGGACAACAGGCUUGUGUCAGCUGUAACAGACUGCCUCCAUCAUCCAGAACUCACUGUGGAACUAGCACUCAACACAAUCAAACUGCUUAUAGAACAUAAAAGAGCACAGCUGGCACUAGAUGGGGUAAAACAGCUGACCCAGCAGUUCCAGGCCUCCCCAGAACUGGGGAAAGUUUACCUACUCCACCUAAGGAUUCUACUGGACAACAGACAGAUGCAGGCAGCAAAGGCCCUUGUAGAGGACUGCAUUACUGGUCACAAUACCACACAGCCACUAGAUACAACUACCAGGAAGCGUUUCCACCUCCUUUUAUGGGAACAGGCUGCCCAAGCAUAUGAGGCAAACGAAUAUGAAGAGGCACUCAGAUGGUACGACUACUCAAGGAACUUGUUCUCUUCCAAUGAUAGACACGAUAACAACAUGGCCAAAUUAGAGAGGAACAGGAGUGCAUGCUACUUACAUCUCAAGCAGUAUGAUAAGGCAUUAGAGGCAGCAAGGCAGGCUGAGACAUGUGACCCCACCAGCGCCCACACCCAGUAUGCACUCUUCAAGAUUGGUCUUUUACAAGGAAAUAGUGAUGCUGCCAUUGAGGCAAUAGAGAAAAUGGGCACUGUGGAUGAGAAGGGAGAGGAAAACAGCACUAUUGAAGGGCUAGUCUGCCUGGCAGCACAGCUGGCUUUUGAGGAAAGUAACAGGGAUGUGGCAAUAAGAGCGUUAGAGAGACUGGUGCAACAUUCUCACAACAUUCAACAAGUUCUUACUGCUAUCAGAUGUUUAACAAGGCUUCGUCUGACCUUCUCUGCAACAUCUGAAGGGCAAAGAAGCAGUAAUGACAUAAUCCUGUCUUACCUUGAAACAGCUCAUAACAAACUCCAAGAAUUGAAGAAGACCAAAGAGGAUGGCAUUGUCAACGAAGCAACGUGGUUCAUGAAAAUAGCGUGGAACCUUGGGCUAAAGUGUGGAGAGGACACCAACAUGAUGCACCAGUUCUUCAAUAUGUGUUUCAAGUUUUCUUCCCUGUGUCCGAUGGACAUGGCCAACCUGGUGAGAAAGAAGACUUGUGCCCUGAUGGCAGCUGCAGCCUGUCUACAGUCAGCCAGAAAUGUCUCAGACCCAGGUGAAAAGAUGGAGAUGUUAAAGACAGUCAUCCUUCAUGUUGAUGCAUGUCGAGAGACUUGUAGGGAAAUAUGCAACAGCAAGAUAACAGACACAGACUGUUCUGGUGACAGCACACCCAUCCUGCUGUGCCUGUAUGAGUUUGAGGCUAAGGCAAAGCUGGGAGAGCCUGACCUGACUCAGCUGGUGGACAGGGUGAUGGCCAUGCCUCAGGCUGAUGCCAAGACUCUAGAGACCAUGGCAGCACUGGCCCAAGAAGCGCCUGCAGCCCAGCCCACUAUCAGUGUAAAGGCUCUGAAAGAAGCCAUCAAAAGACACUUGCAGGCACCCAACACAGACUUCACUAGAUGCAGUAAAGCAUUCCACAGUUUGAUCCAGCUUGUCCUGAACAAAGGGUCCAGUUCAGACCCCAGCAGCAAAGAGGAAGCCUGGGGAUAUUACACAGAAGCUAUGGAUGUCAUAGACAACAAGUCACAGGGCUGUUAUCCUGAGAUGGAGGUUCUGUGGUUAAUGACCAAAGCUUGGAAUUGUGGCAUCCAUUUACUCAGUGCUGGUCACUAUGUGGAUGCUGAACACUGGUGUGGGAUGAGCAUGAAGUUGCUUAAGCACCUCACAAGUCUAAGGACACACUAUGACACCCAGAUGACUGCAGUCUAUGGGGAAGUCCUAGCCAAGAUUGAAGCGCAGAAAGUACGUUCCAACAAAGAAGAGUGACCUAGCUUUGACAAUUCUAUUUUAAUGAAAGGCAAAUCAUCAUUCUGCUUAAUACAUACAUUAAUUGAUGCAGUACAAUCAUUUUGACAUACUGUAAACAAUAUUGUACUGCUUUAAUAUACAUAUCAUGGUUCAAGGGAACCAGUUUUGUUUGAUAUUAUAGAAAUUGUUUGAUCUUCAACUUUUUAUUGAUAUGAAUUGUAAUGUUUUUGCAAGUUAACAUUUCAUUUGUAAUACAUGGUGCUUUCUUCAAAGUGCUUGAAACUCAUGCAAUAGACAUUACAGAUUGUUGCAGCCUGUGAUACAUUUUGUUCAUUGUUGCAGUUUUCUCCAUGCUGUGAAAUACAAGUGUUGAAAGUUUUAUGCUUAACAUGGAAUUGUUGAGAUUAUAUAAAUGCAAAUAUUUAUUCCUGUUUCCAUUAGUUCAAGUAAUCAUAAUUGCUUUAUUGUUCACAAUAUGUUGCAAAAACCUUUACUAAUGUCUUCAAGGAUGUUAUAUAUGUAUCAAGUAUGUCAGUGUAGAUUUUAUAAGAUGCCUCUUUCUGCAUUCCAUCAUGCUAAUAUUGCUGAGCAGAAUUAGCCAAAGAAUAUUUAAAUCUAAAGUAAUAAAUAAGAUGUCAUUGGCAAUAGUUGUGCUUAGUCAUCAUUUAUCAAAGACACUUGUUACAUAUGAAAAUGAAAGUGGUGCAUAACUAAGAAUGUGUGCAUACACGUAUUCCACAUACAAAUGUACUAGUAUAUAUUAUAUUAUAUGAAAUGUAUUUACAGUGGUUUGCGGGAACUAUGCAACAUCCUAGGAAGGUUAACAUUAUUUUACAUUUACAACAUGUCAACUUUAUUGC